AUGGGGCACCUGGUGACCCUUGCAACCUGUUCUCUGAACCAAUGGGCUCUCGACUUUGAGGGUAAUGCGGAACGCAUUAUCGAAAGUAUUCGCCAGGCUAAAGCCGCUGGAGCCACCCUCCGCGUUGGUCCCGAGCUAGAAAUCACCGGAUAUGGCGUCCUUGACGGGUUUCUGGAGGGAGAUACGUUCCUUCAUUCAUGGGAGAUGCUAGCUCGCAUCAUCGACCACCCCGAUACCCAGGAUAUCGUCGUCGAUGUUGGAAUGCCUAUCAGACACCGCAAUGUGAGAUAUAACUGUCGUGUUAUUUUCUACAACAAAAAGAUCAUCCUCAUUCGCCCCAAGAUGUGGCUCGCUAAUGAUGGUAAUUACCGAGAGCACCGUCACUUUACUCCAUGGCAGCGCCCCCAGGAGGUGGAGGAUUACUAUCUGGAGCAGAUUGUGGGCAACAUUACCGGCCAGUACAAGGUUCCCUUCGGUGAUGCGGUCAUCAGUACCCGGGAUACCUGCUUUGGUCUUGAGACCUGUGAAGAACUGUUCACACCCAACGGCCCCCACAAUGCCUACGGUCUUGCCGGUGUGGAGAUCAUCUCCAAUUCAUCUGGAAGCCACCACGAGCUCAGGAAGCUCGACACACGAAUCAACUUGAUUACGCAAGCCACCAAGCUUAGUGGUGGUAUCUAUCUGUAUGCCAAUCAGCAGGGCUGUGAUGGUGAUCGUUUGUACUACGACGGUUGUGCCAUGAUUGUGGUCAAUGGUGAGAUCGUAGCCCAGGGAUCCCAAUUCUCUUUGAACGAUGUGGAGGUUGUCACCGCCACUGUCGACAUUGAAGAUGUCCGAACAUACCGGUGCAGCGUGAGCCGUGGAAUGCAAGCAAGCAAGCAGUCACCAUAUGUUCGUCUUGAUGUUGACACGAGACUGUCUCGCCGCGGUGAGGAGGCCGAUCCUGGCCUCACAGUCUCCGAGCCGAUCAAGCCUCGGUACCAUGCCCCAGAAGAGGAGAUUGCUCUCGGUCCGGCUUGUUGGCUGUGGGAUUACCUCCGACGAUGCGGUGCAGCUGGUUUCUUCAUCCCUCUCAGUGGCGGUAUUGAUAGCUGUGCUACGUCGGUAAUUGUGCACUCGAUGUGUCGCGAGGUCCUGAAGGCGGUCCGACAAGGCAAUGAGCAGGUCAUCAAGGAUGUGCGCCGACUUUGUGCCAAGCCAGCAGAUUCAGAUUGGCUUCCCACUACCAGCCAAGAAAUUUGCAAGGCUAUCUUCCACACGAGCUACAUGGGUACCCAGAACUCUAGCUUUGAAACGAGAGAUCGGGCGAAGAGACUGGCUGUAGAUAUUGGCUCUUACCAUGUGGAUUUCAACUUCGACACGGUUGUAACUGCCAUCAUGAAUCUCUUCACUGUUGUCACCAACUUCCAGCCUCGAUUCAAAGUUCACGGUGGCGGUGGUGCCGAGAACGCGGCUUUGCAAAAUGUUCAGGCCCGCAUGAGAAUGGUUCUGUCUUAUUUGUUUGCCCAGCUGCUGCCGACUGUCCGCCAACGCCCCGGCGGUGGUGGUUUGUUGGUUUUGGCGUCAUCUAACGUCGAUGAAUGUCUGCGAGGCUACCUCACCAAGUACGAUGCCAGCUCUGCCGACCUCAAUCCCAUCGGUUCCAUCUCCAAGGUAGAUCUGAAGAAGUUCAUCGGCUGGGCAGGCCACAACUUUGAGCUUCCAAUCUUGGAAGAGUUCCUCAAUGCCACCCCCACUGCGGAGCUUGAGCCUAUCACAGCCACCUACGUGCAGUCUGAUGAGGCAGACAUGGGCGUGACUUACGCAGAGCUCGGCGUGUUCGGGUACAUGCGCAAGGUCACGAAACUUGGUCCGUGGAGCAUGUAUGAAAAGCUCCUGCACCUUUGGGGCAAUGAGUACAGCCCACGUGAGAUCUACGAGAAGACGAGGCACUUCUUCUACCAUUAUUCCAUCAACCGUCACAAGAUGACAGUUAUCACUCCAAGCUACCACGCCGAGCAGUACAGUCCCGAAGAUAAUCGCCACGAUCUCCGACAGUUCUUGUAUCCAUCCUUCACUUGGGCAUACAAGAAGAUGGAGGACAGUGUCAAGUUCUGGGAGUCCAAGGGCUGGACUGCCGGAAAGGGACAGAAGAAGAGUGUUAAGGCUGAUUGA